AGAAGCGGUAUCGGGCUCGAGGCCGAAACUCGCCGUGUGGCUUUAUUGACUCGGGGGCCCCGGAUUUAAUUAUCACCACGUGAAGAGUCAGGACUUUCGACCCGCUUGCAUGUCACAUUUCAAAGGUGCCUGUCCCAUCGAUUGCGGCUCUCGCUCCUUUCUCCCCGAGCGAACCUCGAGACGAGGACUGUCUUAGAUCUUGUGGAGAAAGUGUUACUCGUGAGUGCGUGCAUAUCUGUACUAACCAAAUCCGAAGACAACCAGACUUCUAGUCCAUACAUCGUAGACGACGUGGUUUUUUUAAUUACGGGCUCUUAUAAAGACGCGUCUCUUCCUCACUCACUCUUUUCUUCAUCUACGCAAGUCCUGAGCUGUGGAAGCCAAUUAAUCUUAAAUCCCCGAGCUCACAAUGCCUACAAUCGAAGCUGAACAUUAUAUUGGCGUCGACAUUGGGACUGGGAGCGCCCGAGUCUGCAUCGUCGACCGCACAGGCGAUAUUAAAGCGGUCGCAUCGAAGGACAUUCGCACGUGGCAGCCACAAAAUACUUUUUAUGAACAAUCUACAUCUGACAUUUGGAGCUCUAUCUCGACUUGUGUUAAACAGGCCUUGAAAGAGAGCAAUGUCGACCCCACCACAGUCCGCGGCAUAGGGUUCUGUGCUACCUGCUCACUUGCAGUCUUUUCUGAGGACACAAGUAAGCCCGUAUCUGUCAGUGGCCCUGACUUCAGUAAAGCCGACCAGAACGUCAUUCUGUGGCUGGACCACAGGGCUGUCGAAGAGGCAAAGGUCAUAAAUGCGACCCACGAUAAUGUUCUAAAGUAUGUUGGCGGCCAAAUGAGCGUUGAGAUGGAAAUCCCAAAGAUCUUAUGGUUAAAGAAUCAUAUGCCUGCUGAUGUUUUCGCGGGCUGCAAAUUUUACGAUUUGACAGAUGCCUUGACCCACAUGGCUACCGGGAAAGACACGAGGAGCUAUUGCAGUACAGUAUGCAAGCAAGGUUACCUUCCAAGUGGAGCAGAUACUGGUGAGACUGGAUGGCGCGACGAUUUCUUUGGCGCCAUUGGAUUAGGAUGCUUGAAAGACAAGAAGUAUGCCCCUCUUGGGGGUAUUGAGGGGCAGAACGGCCGAUACCUGAGCGCUGGCGAGCUGGUAGGAAGUCUUUCUGAAAGCGCUGCAAAAGAUAUGGGAUUACCUGCCGGAAUCGCUGUUGGAAGCGGCGUCAUUGAUGCUUACGCUGGCUGGAUCGGAACUGUUGGCGCCAAACAUGAGCCCGCUCAAGCUACCAAAGGUGACAUUUCGGAUGCAUUCGGCCGGCUGGCUCUUGUGGGCGGCACGUCGACUUGCCAUCUCGUAAUGUCUAAAGAUCCGAUAUUUGUGAACGGAGUCUGGGGACCAUAUCUUGACGUAUUGGUACCGGGCAUGUGGAUGGCCGAGGGUGGACAAUCGGCAACUGGCGAGCUUCUACGCUUUAUAAUCGAGAACCACCCAGCUUAUAAGGAGGCAAUCAGCUUAGCAAAGCAGGACGGAAAAGAUAAAAGCAUCUACGAAUUCUUGAAUGGCCAUCUAGAAGAGAUGACUCGGAAAGCUGGCGCACCAUCCGUUUCAUAUGUCGGCCGACAUUUCUUUUUCUACGGCGACUUCUUCGGCAACCGCUCCCCACUUGCGGAUGUGACCAUGGCUGGUUCCAUUAUUGGUCUCACUACCGACCAGAGUGUGGAUAACCUGGCCCUACAUUACUACGGCGCGAUGGAGUUCAUUGCUCUGCAGACCCGACACAUCGUCGACGCAAUGAACACCUCGGGACAUUCAAUCGGCUCGCUGUAUAUGUCGGGCUCGCAAUGUAAGAACUCUAUUCUGAUGUUAUUAAUAGCCACAAUCUGCGGACUGCCUGUGGUGAUUCCUGAGUAUGCAGGAGCAGCGGUCGUCCACGGCGCAGCUAUGCUAGGCGCGAAAGCCGCAUCUGCCAAUGCCAGCGGCAAUACUGAAGACUUGUGGUCCAUAAUGGAAAGGAUGAGCAAGCCCGGAAAAUUAAUCCAGCCUGGCACGGAUGCUGUAGAGAAGUCUCUCUUUGAGAUCAAGUAUGAGGUCUUCUUAGAUCAAGCCAAGAUGCAGCAGCUGUACCGACGGAAAGUAGACGAGGCUAUUGGCAGCUGGAAAUGAUGAUGUAAAUCUCAGAGUCCGUUAGUUAUCACGAUUACAACGACAGUAGUCAUAAUCAAAAUCAUUAUCACAUAUCACAUCC